GGAGAAAAAAGUAAGCUACUCUUGUGCUUUUUGGAGUGGCAUCUGAACCUGCCUUCACCAGAUCUAAAGCCCCUCUGUAACGUGUCGGAGGAAAUGUCAUACCCAACAGAGGAUCUCAGCAAGCCCUUUGUGGCCCGGUUGGUCAAUGUUUACUUCAGCAUCUUGGUACUGUUUUGCUUUAAGCUCUUUGUUAAGAUUUCUCUCAACUUGCUGACAUACUUCUACGUUGUCCGUGGGAACCGUAAAGAGGCUGCCAGGAUAUCAGCUGAAUUCUAUGAUUAUGGUCAACAACACAGAUCCUGGGCGGACCGCUCACCCCUCCAUGAUGCUGCUUGCCAUGGUCGCCUCCUGGCUUUAAAGACUCUCCUUUUGCAGGGUCACAGUGUGAAUGUUCUGACUAUAGACCAUGUGACACCCCUUCAUGAGGCCUGUGCUGGAGACCAUGUCGCUUGCGCCAGAGCUCUCAUUGAUGCAGGAGCAAAUGUCAAUGCUUCUACAAUUGAUGGAGUCACCCCUCUGUUCAACGCCUGUACAGUGGGCAGUGUGGCAUGCACUGAGGUUCUUUUGGAAAAUGGAGCAAAACCCCAGAGCCUUGUAUUCCAGCCAUCACCAAUCCACGAAGCUACAAGUAAAGGUCAUUACGGUUGUGUCGAGGCUCUGGUGACUUGGGGGGCAGAUGUGGACAUGGACAUUCCUCACCUGGGCACAGCGCUCUAUACGGCCUGCGUCUGCCAAGAGCUAGAGUGUGCCAGGAAACUCCUGAGGGAAGGUGCAAAUGUACAGAAAGGUAGAUCCAUGGAUUCACCCUUGCAUGCAGCUGCAGAAAAAGACUGCACAGCUGUAGUGAAGCUGCUGCUGGAAUUUGGUGCAGACAUUAAUGCCAGAAACAUAGAGUUUCAGAGGCCAGUGGAUGUGGCUCCACCCAGCAGUCUAACAGAGGGUUUCCUACUGCUAUAUGAAGCUACACCACGACUGCUGAGCCAGCUGUGUCGUCAGUGCAUCAGGACCUGCGUUGGCCGUGACAGACUCUACCUUCUUUCACACCUUCCCUUGCCCAGCAGACUAAGGAACUACCUGCAGUACCAAUGACAGAAAAAACAAAAACAAACUGCCUGCCUGAAUGGGACUUACAGAAAUAAGCCUUUGUCACAGAGAGCCAAUAAACUCCAUGGACUCCUCCUACCUUCAAUUUUAGCAACCAGUCCAUUAGUCACUGAGUAGCCACUGAGGAGGUGGCAGUUACCAAGCUGUGUUGAGCUGGCCUGCAUCCCAUAUGUGAUUGUGGACCUGGAUGAACGUAAA